GCAGCACAAUGAACGGUACGGCGAUAUUUUAAGAGGAAGAACUUCAUGUUCCAUUAAGCUUUGCGGUCUCGACCUUGGAUAUUAUACAAUCAAACUGCAGCAUGGGGAGUAAGGAACCGAAUCGCUUCAUUCAGCACCUGAGGGACCUGACUGGCCGGAUGUCUUCGUCUGGGGGCAAAGGAGCAGGACUGGGAUUGAAGCUGCUGCUGGGAGCUGGAGCCUUAGCAUAUGGCCUUAAAGAAGCCACCUACACAGUGGAUGGCGGCCAGAGAGCCAUCAUCUUCAACAGGAUUGGGGGGAUGCAGAUGGACACCAUUCUGGCUGAGGGGCUUCAUUUCAGGAUCCCAUGGUUCCAGUAUCCAAUCAUCUAUGAUAUUAGAGCUAAACCUCGCAAAAUCUCCUCACUGACAGGAAGCAAAGAUCUGCAGAUGGUGAAUAUUGGAGUGCGGGUGUUGUCGAGACCCAUGGCGUCCAGCCUGCCGAUAAUGUACCAACAACUAGGGAAGGACUAUGAUGAGAGAGUUCUGCCUUCUAUCGUCAAUGAAGUCCUCAAAUCUGUAGUGGCCAAGUUCAACGCUUCACAGCUUAUCACACAGAGAGCACAGGUUUCUUUGCUGGUGCGCAGAGAGCUUGUUGAGAGAGCAAAGGAUUUCAACAUCAUUCUGGAUGAUGUGGCCAUCACAGAGCUGAGCUUCAGCAGCCAGUACACUGCUGCUGUGGAGGCCAAGCAAGUCGCCCAGCAGGAGGCACAGAGAGCACAGUUCUAUGUAGAGAAAGCCAAACAGGACCAGAGACAGAAGAUCAUCCAGGCGGAGGGGGAGGCAGAAGCUGCUAAAAUGUUGGGCCAAGCUGUGACCAAGAACCCUGGCUACCUGAAGCUGAGGAGAAUCAGAGCAGCUCAGAACAUUGCUAAGACGGUGUCUGCAUCUCAGAACAAAGUGUAUCUUAACGCUGACAGUUUGGUUCUGAAUCUGCAAGAUCAGACGUUCAACAGUUUUUCCACUCUUCUGAAGAAGUGAGGACGCGACCAGUGGCAGCGCAGCAAACGUCUUAUUAGACCCCCAAAAUCAUCCUCCAUCAGUCCGGACAAGUGGGAAAGAACUGACUGUUUUGUCUCCUGGAGAUCUAGGAGUUAUUUUAUUACCUUUCAAAAUACGUACAAUUAUCUAUGUGUAAUAGAAUAAAACUGGAUUAUGCACACUA